AUGAAGUCUGCUCAAAGAAAUUAUGACAUCGACGACAUUGUGAGCAAGCAGACAAAACUGAGAAGAUUGGUUGACUUACACAUACUAUAUUUAUUCCAGCGGUCAUUUACUGGACGACUUUAUGGUCAAUUGCACUUGGAAAGGUUGGGAUUGCAAAACUGGGUAAGAUAUAAGAUAAUGAUGAGUUUAUUGCCACCCCAAAGCCAACCUCGUUCCUUUGUGAAGGAAAGACCCUGGCAGGAGCUGGUCACGUGAUCAGCUAAAAUCUAGCAGACUUUUAAUUGAUGAUGGUGAUGUCGAUAAAUAUUUGAUAUUUAUACUUUAAUUUAUAACUUGCAUUUUGUUUUGCAAGUUUAAGUUGAUUUGAUUUUAAAGGAAUCCAAGAUAGUUAAUUAAAAAUCUGCUAGAUUUUAGCAGAUCAUAUAUAUAUAUAUAUAUAUAUAUAUAUAUAUAUAUAUAUAUAUAUAUAUAUAUAUAUAUAUAUAUAUAUAUAUAUAUAUAUAUAUAUAUAUGUAUGUAUGUAUAUAUGUAUAUAUAUCAUUAUCUGUAUGUUCUCUUGCUGGAGAAUCUGCUGGUAAAUUGUUAAGUACUAUUUAAAAAACGAGCAGGAGUGUUUUAUUAGGUUUAAAGGCUUUAGACCUAAUAAAACACGACUCGCGAGUUUUUUAAAUGACUUCAAAAACGUAUGCAUAAUAAGUCAAAUCUUUAUAUACAAAUCUUUAUAUAAAAAUCUUUAUAUAAAAAUAUUUAUAUAAAAAUCUUUAUAUAGUUUGCAUAACAAUGGUCUUUUGUUAAAGUGUUCUUUAGCUGGUAUAAAGACGUAUGCACGUGACUAAUUUCUUACUCAAGAUUGGAUAAUUGCUUCAUGAAUUAUUAAUGAGUUUUUGAAGAUAAGAUAUAAACAGGUCGUAAAUUUUGAAUAUUAAAUUGUCAAUUGCAUAAUAUAUAUUAACAUGUUGUUUUGAUGACUACUAUUCUAUUUUACGUGUUUAUUGUUUUUGCAGAGAAUUGAGAAAGUAUUGGACGCGCGCGAAGAUGGGACUACUUUUACGGCAACUGUUACACAUUUAAUAAUGGCGUCAAUCAAGAAAACAAACCAAUGCCAUGCAUCAAAACCAGGUCCACUUGAAGGUAGUGGUUUUAGAAGCUACAGUUAAUUCGACAAAGACAUUGCAUGAACAUCGAAAAAUGUGCUUGGAGCGAAAACAUGCAGAAUACGGUAUAUAUAGAGAUGGAUUUCGCGAGCGCGUGCAAGAAUGGGCAAUGCUAACUGCAUGACAUGCUGUCAAGUCAUAAAGUGUCAAAUGUAUGGUAUUUUCGUUACAUUUAUUUGUCACCAAAAAUAAGAUCAAAAUUGAAAAUGCCCUUGCCAUCUCAGUCUGUUUUUCUAUAUCAUGCACAAGGACUGAAUUUUUGCUGAGCCGGCAGGUUACUUACUAUACAAAUCUUCAAAUAACUAAAUAGCUAGAUUUGUUCCUUGGCCAGAAAUGACGGACAUUGUGCAAGCGUACCUGUCGGUCAGCAGCUUUUCCGUUUAUCCACAAGAAUUCCUAAUUAUCCUUUUACGCCCUGUCAAAGCAUCCGAAAUUUUAAAUAUUCGCGUGGGUGUUGUUUAAUUAUAAAGCAAAGCAUGAAGUAUGCACUCAAGUUGUGGCCUUUAGUGUACCAGGCGCAGCGUGUAGCUAAGCAACAACUACUGAAAUGAAAAGAGAAGCUUUUGACGAGUAUUUUGGUACCAAACAUGUAGCAAAGCAAUCAAUAUUUCGAGUUUAGAAAGCGAAUGAGAUAUAACUUUUUGACCGCGAAGUAAUAUAUAUGAUAAUUGCAUAUUAACGCACCGGCUUUCGAAUUUCAAAACAAAAAAGCAGAGCUUUUAUCGGGUGUAACAAAAUAAUAAACGGCGGAAGGCAAGGCUAUACUAUUCGUCAAAAUAAAAUAAUUUCAACAAAUUUCAAUAAUUGAAUAUAUCACGAGAUUUUGCCGUUUGAGCGAGAAACCUUCAAAGUUCCUAUGUAACGUGAGGUAAAAUGUUUUAAUAUUCAAUCGCAAAAAGCAGAGCGACUAUACAAAGUAAUGAGAACAUUUUUUUAAUGUGUUACUAUACGACCGCUACUUCUUGAACCAAUUUUAACAAAUAUUCUAACAUUUAUAUAUAGCAUGCUAUAUUGAAAAUACUCCGCUCGCCUGCAUGAUAAUAAACAUAGGGCAUUGCGAAGCCAUUGUUGCGCGGAUGCGCGUGGUAACAUGAAACCUGAGAAAUGCAAAUGUCCGUGAUUUCUGGCCAUGCAUUUUCACAUUUCCCCUUCAUAUUCCCUCCAGGCUUACGUCUUCAUCUUGAUAUCGAAGGUGAUCAGUAUAUUGGAGCAUUAACCAAGGAAGCAGGUGUACGUGUUUCCAUACAAGAACAAGGAGUUAUGCCAUUUCCUUAUGAAGAAGGUCUCAGUGUUGCUCCUGGGAUGGCCACUUUAGUAGGAAUGUGGAAAGUAUGUACCUUUUAUCUAUAAAUUUAGUAUUUAUCUUAAUAAUCAUUAAUGAUCUUUUACGUUUAAUAUAGGUCUUGGUUUGUUAGUUUAGUCAGGAGAUUAAGAAAUUUCUUUCUGCUUCGCUUUAGUUUGUACCACCCACCCAUUGAAUAAUUACAAUUUUAUCACCACUUCUACAGGAAAUCUUCAAAAGAGUAGAUAGAUUUGGAAACAACAGUUGCUACCAUCAUGGCGAACUCCUUGGAAAUAAUAUCUAUGGGGAACACCAAAAUAUUACUCGCUAUUCAGUACAG